AUGUUGCUGAUUGCAUUGCACCUUGCGACAAGCAUACUCGCGGCGCCUUGCCAGCCAGACGGAGACCAUGCCGCGAGCUGCCAGACCGACAAGUGCGAGACGGUCGGGUACUCCGAGAUCUGCACCGAGUGCAGGGCCGGGGGCGUCCCGGUCGGCGGCUUCUGCUGGCCCCCCGGCUCCCCCCAGGCCGCGGCGGCCGGGUGCACCAGGGCAGACGGGACCGCGUUGGCGGGCUCGGAUACUGCCUGCGGAAAGUGCGGGGACGGGUACUUCCUCUUCAUGGGCGGGUGCUACAAGACGAGCCAGUGGUCUGAGAUCUGCACGGCGGCCGACAAGGGGGUGUGCACCACCUGCAAGGCAGACGCUGUGUAUCUAUUCCAGAACCCGGCCAGCCCAGUAGCCCCUGGCAACGAGUGCGUGCUUUGCUCAGACGUCACUCCGCGAGACGGAGUCACGGGGGUGGCGGGCUGCUACACAUGCACGGCGCCAGGUGGCGGUACAGGGGCUGCCACGUGCACUGCAUGCCAAGGAGGGUACGCUACGAAGGAUGGUGCAUGUGUGCAAUGCGGACCCGGCUGUUUGACGUGUGAGUCUGCUACGCCGACCCAGUGCACCGCCUGCCUUGGGGGGAAGUUCCUGAAGGGCACUGAGUGUGUAGAGGCUGGUGGAUGUGGUAGUGAUAGCUAUGCAGACCCAAAAGCAGACGAGUGCAAGGCCUGCGCUACUGACAUAGCUGGGUGCGCGGCAUGCGAAUAUAGUGACGCCACGGGAAAGCCGAGGUGCACCGAUUGUAACGGGAAGCUGGUAAGAACUGCUGCCGACGGGACGACGACGUGCGUGGAAAAGACAGACGACGGCUGCAAAGCCACCGAUAGUGGGCUAUUCAUGAAAGACGACGCAACAGCGUGUAUUCUAUGCAGCGACACAGUGACAGAGCAAGAGAAGAAGAACCAGGGCAUCGUCGGCUGUAAGAAGUGCUCGAGGACUGGCGCCACACCGCCGACCUGCACAGAGUGCCUGGAGGGGUACAUCAAGAACACCAACAGCGGCUUCACAUGUGACGCCUGUGGCGAGAACUGCGCAACCUGCUCUGAGAAAGCUGACAAGACCAAAUGCCAAACCUGCAAGACCGGGUUCUUCUUGAGAGGGGGCACUUCCCCCGGCACAUGCGUCCCCUGUGAUAACCCGACAGAUGGAGUCGAUGGGUGUGCAACGUGCACCUUCGCUGGCUCGUUGACCUGCAACUCCUGUAAGCCCAACUAUCGCAAGGAGGGAACCAAUCCGGUGAAGUGCACAAAGGCCUGCGAGGACCCCACGGCCUGCGGGGGGACGUCUGGGGCCUGCGGGGCGGUCGUCGUUGACAGCGCCGGGGCGUUCUCCCAGUACUGCUCGCUGUGCGGAGACCCCGCCACGUUCCCCAUCGAUGGCGUCUGCACAGGAACUAAGGGUGACAACACCUGUGCCAAUGGCGUCUGCACCCAGUGUGCUGCCGGGUACUUCCUGUACAUGGGCGGCUGCUACAGUACUCAGAAGGCUCCUGGCAGCCACAUGUGCAAGACUGCCGAGGGAGGGAGGUGCACCGCCCCCAGCGAGAACAGCCGGUACUUCCUGGUCCCGGGGGCAUCCAAUACUGAUCAGUCUGUCCUGGCCUGCGAGAACCCCCUUGGCACAGUGAUAGGGGCUGGCAGCACCGCUAAGGCAUAUGUGGGGGUAUAUGGCUGCACAGCAUGCACGGCCCCAGCAGCGCUAGAGGCUCCUGGCAUGGCCCCUGCCACGUGCACAGCGUGUAGCGGCAAUAAUAAACCCAACCUGGCUGGGAGCGGGUGCUUCACAUGUACCAUUGACGGAUGCUCGCACUGUGGAGCAGGCGGCAAGUGCGAGGCCUGUACCAGUAAAGACCAGAGACCGAACACAGACGGAACGAAGUGCAUCCCCUGCAGUAUCGACGGGUGCGUCAGGUGCAGCGAGGAGAACAAGUGCGGUCAGUGCGGGGACGACUACAGUCUGGAGGGUGACAAGUGUGUGUCCUCUGGCGCCAACAAGAGUAGCGGGCUCUCCACGGGGGCCAUAGCAGGUAUCUCCGUCGCCGUGGUGGUCGUCGUGGCUGGCCUUGUGGGCUUCCUCUGCUGGUGGUUCAUAUGCAGAGGGAAGGCAUGA